UCAAGGUUUGUAACAGGUACAGUUCAUGUUGUUUGAAGCUGGGCGCGUGUACCAAAAUGAUUUGGCAAGCAAUUUGCAUAGCACUUGCAACGGCCUUCUUGUGGAGAGUUCUCGUGUCACUGAAACAGGUUGUGAGUUGGAGGAAUGCCAUGAAGAAGCUGCCCACUCCGCCUGGAGCGCACUGGCUCUUUGGCCACCAAAAGCAACGUCCUUUCGAUCCCGGCUUCAAGUGGCUGCUGGAUACCGUGAAAGCCUUUCCCCGCGUCUACACCUUGUGGCAAGGACCAAUUCCCUUUCCCGUUCUGGUCCAUCCUGAGACCAUCAAGCCGCUGCUGACGGGGACUGUAGCCAGCAAAAAGUCUCCGUUGUACAAACUUAUGGCUGACUGGCUGGGUGAGGGGUUGGUAACAUCGAACGGGGCCAAAUGGAAGAGAAAUCGCCGGCUCUUGACUCACUCUUUUCACCUGGACGUCCUUCGCACCUACACCUCUGUGUACAACGACUGCGUGGAGGUACUGCUGGGGAAGAUGGACCAACUAGCUGUCCAGGGCAAGCCCAUUGAUGUCAAUCGUGAGCUUGUACUUGCCACAUUUGAUGUCAUUCUUCGCACUGCCUUUUCUUACAAAUCGAAUUGCCAGCUUCAAGAGCUGCCAAAGGAAGAGGGGUUAGAUGUCUUUUCUGCAUGCGAAACCAUGACUCGGUUUAUUCAGGAACGCCAAUUCCGCAAUCCUUUUCUCCUAAUCCCUUUGGUGUUUCGAUUGAGUUCCGGUUAUCCCGAGUAUAAGAAGGCCUUCCAGUACCUCCGUAAACUUGCUCAGCAAAUUAUUGAAGAGCGAACGAAGGAAAUCGCCCAGAAGAUGGAGGCUGGUAACCCCAUCACUAAACCACGUGAUUUCUUGGACACGCUUGUGAUGGCCAGAGAUGCAGACGGCAAGGGCUUCACUACGAAGGAAAUGUCGGAUGAAGUUAACACCUUUAUGUUUGCCGGCCAAGACACCACAUCCACUUCCUUGACAUGGCUGCUACACAUCCUGGCAAAGUAUCCUGAGCACCAGACGAAGAUUAGGGAAGAAGUGAAGGAGAUUUUGGCCGAUAGAGACUCUGACAGAAUUACGAGCAAGGACCUCAGCCGUAUGGAGUAUAUGACUCUUGUCAUCAAGGAGUCCAUGAGAAUGAUGAACGCAGGAGCGUUGGUUACUCGUACCGUGACUGUGCCGUACAAAGUAGAGGGCGUUACAAUCCCUGCCGGAUCAACGGUAUUUCUUGGCAUUCACCAGCUCCACCACAACCCGAGCGUCUGGGGCCACGACCACAUGGAGUUCAAGCCCUCUCGAUUCCUUCCUGAAAACUUUUCCCAGAUGGACCCGUUCGCUUACAUGCCUUUCUCAGCCGGAGCGAGGAAUUGCCUUGGUCAGCAGUUCGCCUUGAAUGAGAUGAAGGUGUUUUUGGGUCGAAUCCUGAUGAGGUUCCGUCUGAGUCUGGUUGACGGGGAACCAGAGCCAGUUCCACAGAUGAACCUCGUCACUAAACCAAUGGAACCAUUGUAUAUCGCCAUUGAACAUCUUCAUGGGAAUUAAAUCAUCCAUAGAGUGAAGAUGGCGGGAACCCCAACUUUGUGAGGAAUGAUUGUGAAAAAUAAUAAGCUCUCAUCUGUUGAUAUAGCAAAAACUCUACCAAAAAUAAAUACUGCUGUUUGUCAAAAUGCCAUACAUACGCCCACAAUUUGAAAUCAAGUUGUAUAAACCUGGAAUGUGAAACCUUUUAAAAGAGCUUAUAAUCCUAAUUAUAAUCGAUUACAAUUGAUAAGCCAAGGUAAGCUGUCCUGAUUGAUAUCAGGUAGCCAAAUAGGUAUAUGAAGGUUAUACCGAAGCUGCUUUUAAAAUUGUGUUUUAAUAGUGCAUUGUGUUGAUUUGCGUUACGACUGCUGUAUGAGAAACGCCAACCUCUUCGCUUAAUUUAGUAAGUAUUUGGUUUGAAAUAGUGAUAUUGUGUUAAUCUGUUUAUGAGAUAUAUUUUAUUGUUACUUUUACUUUUUAUGUUAUGGUGCUGAUAGAUUAGGUUUAUAUGCCUAUUGAUAUAAAAAAAAAACCCAGAUUGUUCUUUGCGUGUCCAAAUGAUAAUUUUAAUUGCUUGAAAUGUAAAUCAAUGGAGACAAUUUUAGGUAGAAUUAUAAGCUUGCAUUACAGCAGCUUUAAGUUUAAGUGAACUUUCAAAACGAUUGAGUUAUAGGUAAAUUUAUAGGGUCCGUUUAACUGAAAAUAUGUGAAAUUUUUGUUUGGAUUGUCGGUAUUAGCUAUUGAGAGUAUUGCUUAAUGUAUGUUUGCUUGGUUUUACUUGUUCAACACUAUAAAAAAUACCAAUGAUAUUCAUGCCAUAGCCUAUUGUUGCGUUAGUCAAAGGAAGAAUAUUGUGUGAGAGAUUUAUUCUUGAUGAAUAAAAGUUUUGGUAGUUAGCUAUUUGAAGCAUCCACGACUGCGUGUUUACCUAGUUUAAUAGUGUUGGCCUUUUGGUUUAUGGUUGCUAAAGCAGGCUGCAUGUACUUAAUCUCAUAAAUGUUUGAAAUAUCAUCUUAUCUUGUCACCUUCAUUGAAGUGACAUAUUGGACGUAUUUUUGACGCUAAUUCCAGGCCAUUAUUAUGUAGACAGUCUUUCUGUCUUAAUAGUAAACACUGAUAAUUUGAAAGUAGCAAGAUUUAUAUUGUGUGGGGGAUGGACAAGUCGAUCCCUGAUUGAAACUUUGCUGUCAUAAUUGUGAAGGAAUGCUCUACGUUCCCGGGGAGUUGAUUCUUUUGAAUAUUUUAGAUAAAACUCGAUUCUUUUAGACAAACAAAUGACAAGUUCCAAUUUUACCUUCAUUUAAAACCUUGGAAAAGGAAACGUGUUUUUGGAAUUUACUUUUUUUUUUUUAAAUACCUAUGUUUACAAACAAAAUAUUGCUGUAUAACCGCUACCUAUCUUCCAAAAUUUCCUUUUAUGUUUGUAAAUUGUGUCAGCUUGUAAGUCGCAGUUUUUCAGGGUCAUAGAUUUAUCUUAAACUUUUCAUUAAUGAUAUAAUACGAGCAACGUAGGUAUAGAGGCAAAUACAGUGUGGGCGUGAUAAAAUUAAAGCCUACUUUUUCUUCGUCCUGUGAAAAUGGAAUGCA